UUCCAGAUGCCUCCCCUUUGUUCCCUCCACUUUAUUUGUGCUUUGUAUUGGUCCUCUCACCUGGCUUUGAAAUAUUAUUUAUGGCAUUCUCCUUAGUGCUAUCCAUUAGGGUCUGCUUUAAGUGCUAAACCAGAGUGGACCUCAGAACAGGCCUUUGGGCUCUAGCUGGCAAAGGCCCUUUGGUGUCCAGGAAGGAAAUUGCGUGGUGUGAGGAGAGGGCCAGAUCAAUUAGCAUCUGUGUACUUUAUUGCUCCUUAUCACAUGAUUGAGGGACAUUAAUGAAGUUCCAGAACAAUGGUUUUACCAAUCGAAAGCAGCACUAGACUGGCUUCGUUAACACAUGUCCACCAGGUGGCGCUGUGUGUUUGCGAUUGACGAGGCUGAUGGGCCCCAGGACUACAAACCUGAAAUCACGCCAUCAUCCUAUCCUCCAAGCAUGGGGAGAUGGCGCCACCAUCUGCGGGGAGGUCACGCAGUCUUUCUAUCCACCAAUGUGGGGAAGGUCAUGCCAAGUGGCCAUCAUCUUACCUUCUAAGUGCGGGGAGGGGGCGCCAUCAUCCACCCUCCAAUUGCGGGGAGGUUGGGGAGGCUGCGCCAUCACCCCAGGCACCAUCAUCCACCCUCCGAUUGCGGGGAGGUUGGGGAGGCUGCGCCAUCACACACCCUCCGAGCGCCAGGAGGGGGCGCCAUCAUCCACCCUCCGAUUGCAGGGAGGUUGGGGAGGCUGCGCCAUCACCCACCCUCCGAGCGCCAGGAGGGGGCGCCAUCAUCCACCCUCCGAUUGCAGGGAGGUUGGGGAGGCUGCGCCAUCACCCCAGGCACCAUCAUCCACCCUCCGAGCGCCAGGAGGUGGCGCCAUCAUCCACCCUCCGAUUGCGGGGAGGUUGGGGAAGCUGCGCCAUCACCCACCCUCCGAGCGCCAGGAGGGGGCGCCAUCAUCCACCCUCCGAUUGCAGGGAGGUUGGGGAAGCUGCGCCAUCACCCACCCUCCGAGCGCCGGGAGGGGGCGCCAUCAUCCACCCUCCGAUUGCAGGGAGGUUGGGGAGGCUGCGCCAUCACCCCAGGCGCCAUCAUCCACCCUCCGAGCGCCGGGAGGGGGCGCCAUCACCCACAGACCAAGCGUGGGGCUUUCGGGCCCCACCCUCCAAUGCGGGGAAUGGAGAGUCGAUGGGCGGCCCGAGUUGUGGAGUACUGAGGGAUUGGGAAGGGAAGAAGCGUUGUGAAGUGCCUACUGUGUGCCAGGCCCUCUCCGAAAGCUUGGGCGCUGUUGAGCGGGGCACGGGUGCAGCUCGGGGUUAAGGCCUUUGUCGGCUCUGAGACUGGGAGCUCUCGGUUUUGUUCCCGCGCGCUGCCACCAGCAGGCAGAAAGCCCGCUUACCAGCCUCACCAUGCCUUUGUUCCGUACCAAACAGCCGCCUCAGGUUUGUCCUCCCAAGCCCGAGCAGCCCGCGUUUCAUCCCCUCAGACAUCCUCACUCCACUCAGCAUGUAGCCCGCGCAUCGCUCCCCACCCUCCCUUUUGGGUCCUGGGGUCAGAGGAAAAAGGCGGGGGCAGAGACCAAAGGAACCAAAAACAUCUUCUCCUAACAGGGGACGCGGAAGAACAUGAGUUGGUGAAACGGCUGAGAGGUUGGUGGUGCGGCGGCG